AUGGCUCCAAGCCUGCCCAGAACCAUGCGAGCAGUCACAUGGACCGCCCCUCCAACAGCUCUAUACAGCACCAUCGAGACCAGCACCGAAUACACAGCAUCCGCCGCUCUGCCUCCUUCCAGCAAAUCCCUCCCUCCGGACUCAGCUUUGAUCAGAGUCGCCUACGCCACCAUCAACCCUGUCGACUACAAACUCCCGGAGUUGACCCUCUACCGCAUUCUCAACUACUCCCUUCCCAACCAAUCUUCCACUCCUUUAAUUCCAGCCGGAGACUAUUCAGGAACAGUCAUCGAAUCCACCAUUCAUGGUAUUGUCACUGGCGACAAAGUGUUCGGACGUAGUGAUCCGCCGUACUUUGGUGCUCUGGCGGAAUAUGUCGUCGUUAGAGGAGGGAGGAAUAAUGUGGUGAAAGUCCCGGAGGGAGUGCAGAUGCGGGAUGCUUGUACGAUUGGCGUGGCAGGAUUGACGGCUUUGCAGUGUUUGGAGACGAUGAGUGGGAAGCGAGUGCUGAUCAACGGUGCAAGUGGAGGCACGGGAACGUUUGGAGUGCAGAUUGCGAAAGCUUUGGGCUGGGAGGAUGUUGUUGGGACUUGCUCGACGAGAAACGUGGGUUUCGUGGAAGGGCUGGGAGCAGAUGGAGUCGUGGAUUACAGGACUGAAGAUUUGGUGACUGAGUUGAAGAGGAGAGGCUGGGAGUAUGGCGAGUUCGAUCUGAUGAUCGAUAAUGUGGACUCGCCGGAGAUCUUUUGGGGAUCGGAAGGAUUUUUGAGGCGGGGAGGAAAAUACGUGACGAUAGCUGGGAAUGUCUCGCUGGCUUUCGGGAUGAGAUUGGGUCAGAUGCUAUAUCUGCCGAAGUGGUUAGGUGGUAUCGAGGCUGCCGCGAGCUUCUUGAGGCGGAGAAGCGAUGGUGACGGCUUUGCGAGGAUUGCGGACUGGAUUGCAGAGGGCAAAGUAAAGCCCGUCAUUGCUCGAGAGUACAAAUUGGAGGAAGCGAGGGAGGCCUUUCUGGCACUCAAGUCGGGCCGUGUGAGAGGAAAACUGGUCAUUAAAGUCUCAGGCGAGGAGAACAACAUCGAGCGCAACUGA